AUGUGGGGCAUUGAGAUACACUUCCGCUUUUUUGGCCCACCCCGGGUAGCAUCCGCAAAGCUCAUAAUCAACAUCGCGAGGCCGAGCCCGACCCCGACGACGGUGACCAGGGCACAUUGCACGCCGUUCACACUUCCUUCGAAUGGAGUCUUAACUCUCGGGCUUAACGACGUCCUCACCCUCACAUCCGACGCAAUAUUCAGACCGCAAUGUACUGGAUCGAGCGACGUACUCCUCACUGGCUCGAGCUCUCCCACGAUUCUCGAUCUUCGUGAUCCAUUUUAUGCCUCCACCCUUCCCGAAUGCUACGCGCUGGCAGCGACCACGGUGAUUGCGUACAUGCUCGUCAUUAUGCUCUUGAUUACCCCUCGGACUUUCCUACACGAGGGUGCUGUUGUUCUUGGCCGGCGAGGUUUCACAAAUGGCCCUUCGGGGAGUGACGCUGGCAUUGGAAUUGGUGGACGACCAUGGCUACAAAAGGUCGCAGCAUUGACGGUCGCGAUAUCCCUCACCAUUGCCACCGCUGAUACAUUCAAAGUCGCUGAGGAGCAAUACGAGGUUGGGUAUAUGGAUGCACAAAGACUACAAAACGUAGUGGAGAAUGGGAUGGAACUUAAGAUCAUUCGCGUUAUAUCCGAUACCUUCCUCUGGUUGGCGCAAGCGCAGACUCUGAUACGAUUGUUUCCUCGCCAGAGAGAGAAGAUUAUCAUCAAAUGGACGGCGUUCGCACUCAUCUCCCUCGAUGUGUUGUUCAGUAUCCUUAACAACUUCGUUUACAAUGGAAAUUCUCGACCGCACACCUUCGUGGACGCCGUUCCUGCACUGGCCUACCUUUUUCAAUUGGCCCUGAGCCUCCUUUACGGUGCUUGGGUAAUCUAUUAUGCCAUCACGAAGAAGCGAUUCGCCUUCUUUCAUCCCCAGAUGCGGAACAUCUGUCUUGUUGCGUUGCUUUCACUGGUAUCAGUGCUUGUACCUGUGGUGUUCUUCGUCCUCGAUAUAUCGAAACCAGAUCUUGCUGGAUGGGGAGAUUACGUGCGAUGGGUUGGAGCAGCUGCAGCAAGUGUCGUUGUGUGGGAAUGGGUGGAACGGAUUGAGGCUCUUGAGAGAGAGGAUAAAAAGGACGGUGUGCUUGGACGAGAGGUGUUUGAUGGUGAUGAGAUGCUAGAGGUCAACCCUCUCUCAGAUUCAUCCUGGAAGUCCCGUUUGAAGGACCGCAUAGAUGAGCGCAAUGGCAAGGGUAAGGGGGGAGGAGAUAGUGGAACAUCAACUGGGUCCAACGGAAUAUCGUGGCCAAGGGUCGCCAGUCUAGCAAACCGGUAUCGACCUCGCGCCACCCAUGAUGUUGAGAAAGGCAGACCGGGCCGGGAUAAACCAACGCAGCAAACGAAAAAGCGAAUGCCAGGGUCUCGACCUCCGCUAUGGCCAAUUCGGCCUCCACCUGCAGCCACUCCUAUCAGUAGAACAGACACUGCAAGUGCAGAAAGUACUGUAUAUGCUAUCCGAUAUCAUCCGAUCAGCGAACCUACACCGAUUCACGAGCAGGAGAACGUGAGGGGGGUAUCAAGGAGCAACAGCCUGGAGAUCACUACCGUCCCGAACCGAGAUGAUCAUAGGAGCGAGAUAUCCAAAAAGUCUGUGGUCAUCGAGCAGAUGGAAGAGGGCGACGAGGAUGAAGCUGAACGUCGUCGACCAAAUGCAUGGCAGACAUUAGCCAAAGUCAACCCGUUUCGAAGAGGACCUCAAGGCCCACCACCAGAAGUAUCUGCGCACACAGUGAAAGUCCCGGAACCAGCCAAUGGUCACCCACCUCCGAAUAAAUGGGACGUCCGGGCAAGGCUGGAAGACUUUGCAGCUACUCAGGCUGAGAAGCUCCGCGAGAAGGCGAGGCCAAGCGUCAGUGUUGGCCCACUUCCGGUCACUAUCAUCCCGGCACCCCCAAGAAGACGCAACCUCGCCACGACUUAUGAGGAGCUAGAGGAUGCUAAGAGAGGAGAGAGACCAACGAACAGUGACUCGAACACAUUUGUUGGAUCAGCGGAACCAUCGUUGGAGAGACGCUUGACACAAGAUCAAGAGCCCACACGCGUACCACAACCACAAAGAUUGAGUGACCCUUACACUCCGGACGACCUGAAUGGUCACUCUAUCCAUCAGCGGGGAGCUAUAUCAUUCCUCACUGCUGUUCAGCAGGAGCGAGAUGGAGAGAGUGCAAUCUCACCAGUGUCACCGCUUGAGGACGUUGGGGAAAGAUUACCACCCAUCAGCCCUCGAGGCAGUCCUGCUCAAUCUCGCACUCCGUCGUCUCCGCGGCGUGACGGUCUUCCCGUUAUGAGCAUACCGGCGCCAGUAAGGCACCCGCGAUCCGAGGAAGGUUCGGAGUGAGGGCAUCUAGGUUUAUCUUUGAGUGUGGCGUUUGUGUUGGAGCCUUAUAAUCAACGUCAAAAUAUGGGAGGUUAUUGUGUUUUAGGGAAAUCUGCAUGGAGUUAUAUGUGUAUAGACGGGAGGGACACUUGAGAAGCGUAUAGCGAGGGAAAGGGAGCAUAUAGUUGGUGAUAGGGAGCAUUUCUCGUCGGGAGAUGCCAUGAUGAUACGACAGGCUGUCUGUAUUUAGACUUACGAAUAAUGCAUCAAGUGCCUCUGCUACAUUGACAAGCACGUUCC